AUGCCAAAAGACAAAAAUACUCCUAAAAUAAAAAGAACUAGAGCUUUUCUUACCAAAUAUGAUGUAUCAGAAGAAAUGAUAUGUGACAUUUUAAAAGAGAAGAAAAAAUGGUUAGAAUUAAAAUCAGAAUCUUAUGAAGCUUUACUUAAAAGACAAGUUAAAGUUGAAAAAGCAAUAGAAAAUAAUAUUACCAUUAAUGGUGAAUUAUUGGCACAAAAAGCACAUGAUUUUGUAAUAUUGUUAAAUGAACCAGAUUUUAAAGAAUCAGAAGGAUGGGUAGUAGGUUUCAAAAAACAUCAUAAGCUUAAAUGUUACCUAAAAUAUGAAGAAUCAGCAAAUGCUUCUUUAGAAGCUUUGGAUGAUAUGCGUAAAAAUCUUCAAAGUAUUCUUGCAGAUUAUUUAUUAGAUAAUAUUUUUAAUACAGAUGAAACUAGACUUUACUGGAAAAUAAAACCAAAUCAUACAUUGAAAAAGCAAUCUAAAGAAUGUGUUACUAUUAUACUAUGCUAUAAUGCUUCUGAAACUGAGAAACUUAAAGCAGUUUUAUUGGAAAAAGCCAAAAUUCACGUGCUUUAA